AUUGACAGCCCCCUACUACCCCUCUACUCUUUGGAGAAGGCUUUCCUAAAACACCUCUCUCUAGUAGAGGAAAAGUUAGGGGGGUUAAUCGCCCUCCCACGCCAUUAACUUUAGGGAGCUCGAGUUCGGAGAGGGGAGAGUUGGAGGUGGAGACUGAUUCAGAGUUGAGUUCGUACGAAACCAAAGCAGAUGUCAAUGGUUAGGAGGUAGCUCUAGAAAGAGUUCAAGUAUUGUUCAAGAACAGAGGAAAUUGGGGAAGUAUGGACAUUUUGAAGCUAAUGCAGCUGGUCAAUCCAUAUUACGGUCAAUCUGAAGACAGACACCAAGAGAAAGGAGGAAAGCUGGAACUUUCAGCAAACACCCUUCCAAGCUUUCUGAUUGACCCCAUAGUUUGUCACACUUUAACUAUUUCUUCUCCUGGUUUCUCUACCUCUGAGCCUUACUCCAAUCCCCUUGUUUCCUGUGUUUCAGGUGAAGGUGUCAUUCUAUCCCAACUGUCGGCAAGUCUCUGCGAUCAAGGAGCCACUCAAUUUGCAGAGAGCUGCAAGAUAAUCAACGACAAAGAGAACAGUGGGCCAGGCUCGAAGCAGCAGAGAGAAAUGAAGGGAAGUAGUAAAGGAAAGAAAUCGGAAGUAGGAGGGAAGAAAGGGACAAACAGAGUGCUCAAAAGACUUCAAUGGGGUUUUGUCCACCAGGGAGUAGGACCUGAAAUCAGUAUUGAUAAAAGGUUAAGGGAAAGGCAGUCGUACAUAAACCAUGAAGAUCUUGAGUUGGAACGUAGGGGGGCCGGGGGGAUUAUAUAGAGAAGCUUGGUUAAGGAUACCCUAAGGAAGGAAAACCCAAACAUAGUACAAGAAACAAAGGAAGAAGUCAUUUAACAGAAAGUUAAUUAAAGCAAUUUGGGGAAUCAGAGGAAGAAAAUGGGCAAAUCUCCCAGCAACGGAAACAGCAGGUGGAAUUCUUAUUGUUUGGAAAGAAGAGGCGGUUAUUGGAUUAGAAGUAGACAAAGGGGAGUUUUCUAUUUCUAUCCUGUUCACAAACAUUUCCGAUGGUAGCAAUUGGAUUCUGACAGGGGUGUAUGGGCCUAAUUCUCCACCACAGAGAGGAAGAUUAUGGGAGGAACUGGAUUCUAUGCAUGAAUCGGAGGACCUGCCUUGGUGUGUUGGUGGUGACUUUAAUGUCACGAGGUAUUGCAGUGAGAGCCCAAACUGUAGGAGAGUAACAAGAAGCAUGAAGGAGUUCUCGAACUCUAUUGCUAGACACAAUCUUAAAGACCUCCCUCUUAGCAACGGCUCCUUUACCUAGUCUAAUAUGCGGGAGUGUGCAGUAAGGAGUAGACUGGAUAGAUUUCUCAUAUCCAGUGACUGGGAGGAACUAUACCCUAACUGUGUGCAGUUUAUUAAGCCCCGUUGGACAUCUGAUCAUUGGCCAGUAAUUCUACAGAAUGAAGUAUUCAGGAAAGGAAAGGCAUCGUUCAAUCUGAAAAGCCUGAUAGAGAUUCAAAAUGUACGGAGUAUCAUGGAUGUCCUUGCAGAAAUGCUAAAUGCUUUAGAUCCAGGGAGCAAAGAGGCAAUUAGACAGGAGGUAAUUGUCGACCUAGUUGGACAGUGCCGCACAUACAAGCAGAGAGUAGUGCACCUUGUUAACUCAACUUCGGAUGAAUCUUUACUUUGUCAAGGACUGGCUUUGAAUGAUGAUUUGCAGUGUUUACUGGCAAAACACGAAUCAAUUGCUUCAGGAACUUAUGUUAAAGCGGAAAAACCUAAACCUCUUCAAGCAUCAUUAGUGGAUAUUGAUGGUCCUGCAGUUACAUCUAGCACACAGCCUGAUGGAAGGUCUGCUUCAAGUCCUAAUGCAGGGAAUCAACCUCCUCUGGUCCAAGUUCCUGCAUCCAAUGGUCCAGUAACACCUUCAGCAAAGGUUGCUCCAGAAAUGGACCUUCUUAGUGGCGAUCUUUAUAAUUCACCAAUGGCAGAGAAUUCACUAGCACUUGUUCCUGUGGGAGAGCCCCAGCCAGCCAGUCCUGUAUUGCAGCAGACAGCCAGUCCAUCCCAGCAGAAUAUUCUUGCUCUUUCUGACAUGUUUCCUAAUUCCGUGGAUUCUACCAAUUCUAACCCAGCAUAUCCAGCUGGACAAGCAUACUCUUCAGCAGAACAAGUUCCUCAGCAGCAGCCAUUGCAGUGUCCACAACCAACAUUUUAUUCAAAUGGAAGCACCCCAAACAUGGGCUUGCCUCAAUCACCUCGUGCUCCAUGGAAUAACCAGGUUGCUCAAGGCUUUAACCACCACCAAGAGCAGCCUAUGGGCUUACCUCAACCACCACAUGCUAAUGCUCCAUGGAACAACCAGGUUGCUCAGGGCUUUAACCACCAGCUUGAGCAGCCUAUGGGCUUGCCUCAAUCACCUCGUGUUAAUGCUCCAUGGAACAACCAGGUUGCUCAAGGCUUUAACCAUCUGCAAGAGCAGCCUAUUUAUGGUUUGGGUGCUCAAAGCAAUGGGGCCCUGCCACCACCACCAUGGGAAACUCAGCCAACAGAAAGCAGGCAACUGUCAGGCACUUUUUAUCCCCAACAGAUGCAGGUUACCCAGGUUGUGGUCACACACUCCCAACCAAUUCAAAGUGGCACGCCUUCUCACUUUAUGGGGAAUGGCCUGUUGGGUAUGUAUAUUCAGCCAAUUACCACCGGUCAACUAGGAGCCAUUAAUCAUCAGCCAUUCCAGGACAACCAGAUGCUGGGCAUUCAUCCUCAACCAAUUCAGGGAGGGCAGGUGAUGGGCAUGCUUCCUCUACCAAUGCAAACUGACCAACCGGAGUCCACGACUCUUCAGCCAAUGCAUAACAACUUGGAUUACGGAUAUGGUACACAGCCUCAGUUCCUUGAACAGAAGAUGCAUGAGCUUUCGGUUCAAGAUGAAGGUGCUUUGACCAACUCUUCUUACCUGGUGGGCUCCACUGCCUCCACAACUACAUCAUACCUGCCACCAAUGAAGCCAUCCAGGCCAGAGGAUAAGCUGUUUGGAGACCUUGUGGAUUUGGCAAAGACAAAGCCCACAAAACCCACUUCUGGGUGAUCAGGAAGCAUUGUAAAUGACUGCGUUCCCUAUUUUUUGCCCCUUUUCUUUUUCAAAUUUUCUAAUCUCACUUAUUUUUCUAUUCCUUCAAGUUCGGGCUAUUAUUAUAUUGCUUGCCUAGCGAUUGAAUCCAUGUAUAUUCCCUGUAGAGAGAAAACGAAAGGCGGACAUAUCUUUUGCUUGGCUUGAAA